AGAGAAUUGAAAUCUAGAAGUUUUGGAUUACUGAAUCCGAGAACGGAGUCAUUGGGGGCGGGGGCGGGGUUUGGGUUUGGGAUUGGGGCCCUAGGGAAAGUGAGAAUCAGCUUCCAGGCAGAACAGGAGAGAGGACGUUCAGGCCCUUUGACGCAGGCCUUCUCUCCUCAGGCUCAGCUCUUGCCAGGCCAACUUGAGACAUGUCUGACACAAGCGAGAAAGGUACGGGUCCAACCCGCUUCCAGGCUGAAGCUUCAGAGGACAGUGGCUUGAAGAUACAGACCCUAUUGACAGUGACCCAUAAUUUGGAGGUCUCAGAGAUACCAAAGACCUCAAAGGCACUGGAGACCUCAGAAGCCUUGAAGGUCUCAAAUGCUGCAGGAGUCUCAAAGGCCACAGAGGUCUCAAAGGCCCCAGAGGCUCAUGAGGCGGCUGCCACUCAGGCCUCCCCUACCACUAAGCUGACUGAUACCCAGGUUCUGACAGUUGAAAAGAAGAGUCCAGCAGCUGACACCAAGAUGCAGAGUGCUGACCCUCAGCCUGUGAUAAUGCCUGCCACUGAAACCAAAAAGGUCAGCUGUGUGGCUGAUAUAAAGGCUGGUACAAAGGCCCUGGAGACUGAGGCUCCUGCCUCUCAGGCUUUGGCAGAUGAACCUAAGCCUGAUGGUGCGGCUGCCCAGGCUCAGGAGAAUCAGGAUACUCGGCCCAAGGUCAAGGCCAAGAAAGCCAGAAAGGUGAAGCAUCUGAAUAGUGAAGAGGAUGGCAAUAGUGAUCAGAGUCAGGCUUCUGGAACCACAGCUGGCCGAAGGGUCUCCAAGGCCCUAAUGGCCUCAAUGGCGCGCAGGGCUUCAAGGGGCCCCAUAGCCUUUUGGGCCCGCAGGGCAUCAAGGACUCGUUUGGCUGCUUGGGCCCGAAGAGCUUUGCUCUCCCUGAGGUCACCUAAGGCCCGCAGGGGCAAGGCUCGCCGUCGAGCUGCCAAGCUCCAGUCAUCCCAAGAGCCUGAAGCACCAAUACCUCGAGAUGUGGCCCUUUUGCAGGGGAGGGCAAACGAUUUGGUGAAGUACCUCUUGGUUAAAGACCAGACGAAGAUUCCCAUCAAACGCUCAGACAUGCUGAAGGACAUCAUCAAAGAAUACACUGAUGUGUACCCUGAAAUCAUUGAACGAGCAGGCUAUUCCUUGGAGAAGGUAUUUGGGAUUCAGUUGAAGGAAAUUGAUAAGAAUGACCACUUGUACAUUCUUCUCAGCACCUUAGAGCCCACUGAUGCAGGCAUACUAGGAACGACUAAGGAUUCGCCAAAGCUAGGUCUCCUCAUGGUGCUUCUUAGCAUCAUCUUUAUGAAUGGAAAUCGGUCCAGUGAGGCUGUCAUCUGGGAGGUGCUGCGCAAGCUGGGGCUGCGCCCUGGGAUACAUCACUCGCUUUUUGGGGACGUGAAGAAGCUUAUUACUGAUGAGUUUGUGAAGCAGAAGUACUUGGACUAUGCCAGAGUCCCUAAUAGCAAUCCCCCUGAGUAUGAGUUCUUCUGGGGCCUGCGUUCCUACUAUGAGACCAGCAAAAUGAAAGUCCUCAAGUUUGCCUGCAAGGUACAAAAGAAGGAUCCCAAGGAAUGGGCAGCUCAGUACCGAGAGGCAAUGGAAGCAGAUAUGAAGGCCGCUGCUGAAGCUGCAGCUGAAGCCAAGGCGAGAGCAGAGAUUAGAGCUCGAAUGGGCAUUGGGCUUGGCUCUGAGAAUGCUGCUGGGCCCUGCAACUGGGACGAAGCUGAUAUUGGACCCUGGGCCAAAGCCCGGAUCCAAACUGGAGCUGAAGCUAAAGCCAAAGCCCAAGAGAGCAGUGGUGCUAGCUCCAGUGCUAGCGCCAGUGCUAAUGCCAAUGGUGGCUUUGGUGCCAGUGCUAGCCUGACUGCCACUCUCACAUUUGGGCUCUUCGCAGGUCUCAGUGGAGCUGGUGCUAGCACCAGUGGCAGCUCUGGUGCCUGUGGUUUCUCCUAUAAGUGAGAUUUCAGAUACUCCUAAUCCCAGCAGUCUUUCUCUUCGAGCCAGGGUGCAUCCUCAGAAACCUACUCAAAUAGCACUCUAGGCAGCCACUAUCAAUCAAUUGAAGUUGACACUCUACAUUAAAUCUAUUUGCCAUUUCUGA